UUCAUAUUUUGGCGCAACGACUCGACUUUUAUGACUCGUCUCUCAGAUAUGAGGAUGCAUUCCCUAUCUACUGGAUUGUUUCAAUCACGGCGUUGUGAGAAUACACGAUGUACAACCCGGAUUACAUGGCGUUUUCUACGGUUUCUCAUUUUUUUGGACUUGAAAAAUGCUUCUUUUUCCCUUCAAAGGGAAGGACAGUGUGCACGCAUACGAAUGGCUACACAAAUGGUUCUCCCAUACAGUACACAUGGUUAGAUAAACGACAGGAUACGUCUCAGAGCCACAGAUUCGAGGGCGAAAAACGCAUGGCGUUGGCGGGGUUUUACGAUUUGAUGUUUCCAACUUUUUGUUCAAAUAUAAGAUGGGGGAAGGACGGAUUGGUGUCUCGUGAAAUCGCCUCCCAGGCUUCUUUGUAAGUCGGGGCCGAAGGCGAUUUUGGCAGGAGAGCGAUUUAGUACACACUUGUCGCUGUUCCUAUUU